AUGAUUCUCAGUCUCAAAACAUGUCAAUGGUCACCUGAAGAUAAAAAUUUAUUAAAGAAUAUAAUAACUGAAUAUGGUUUUGAUUGGGAUAAAAUUAUCCCCAACUUUCCAUAUAAAAAGUCAAAUGAUAUACGUCAACAUGUUUUCAAGUAUCUUACAAAAUAUCGUCCUCGUGAUAUUAUUAAUGAUGCAUACAAAUCAAAACCAGAGGUUAAAUGGGGUGCAAAUGAUAUUUACCAGCUAUUUAAAUUAAGAUAUUCAGGUAAUGAUUUUACAGAAAUUUCAAAAAAACUUAAACCAGUAAGAACACCAUUAGCAUGCUAUGUAAGAUUUUAUUAUAUUUCAAAAUAUUAUGAGUCAUUAAACACAAAUUGGUCAUUGAUGGAAGUUGUUGAGCUUCAAUUUUUAUACAAUAAAUAUGGAGCUAAAUGGAAAUUGAUAGCGAAUAAAUUGGAAAAUAAGAGAUCAGUCAAAGAGAUUAAACAAUUUUAUUUUGACUAUGAACACAUAUUUCCAUUUUUUAAUAUGAGUAAUUUCAUAAGAACUAAUACAACAUGGAAUGAUGAAGAAAUUGGACAAUUCACAAAACUUUAUCAAAAAUACGGACCUGAUUGGAAGACAAUAACAAAGGAAAUUAAAACUAAGAAAAGAAAUCAAUGUAUAUCGUUUUACAAAUCAAAUCAUCAAUUUUUAGUAGAACCAACUCAUAAUGAGCAAAAAAGUUAUUGGUUUAUUGCACGUAAGGAUUGGACAAAAACAGAUAGAGAUUUAUUAAAGGAUUUAUUAAAAAAAUAUGGAAAUGAUUAUGGACGUCUUGCUGAAUACUUUCCUGGCAGGACAUUUAAAUCCAUUAAAAAUCAAGCAACAAAGAUGAAAAAAGGUGACGAAGGUUAUGUUGGCUUGGAACUUGACGAUAAUGGUGAUGUUAACACUAAUCAUUUUAAUGAUGGAAAACUUGAAUCAAACGGUCGUAAAAGAGCAAUAUGGUCAAGCAGUGAAAUAAAGAAAUUAGUUGAUUUGGUUAGAAUAUACAGUGGAGAAUGGAGUAAAAUUUCUGAAAUUAUGAAAAAUAGAAUUGCUCUUUCUAAAGUAUCCAAAGGUACUGAUAAAUUGGAUAUUAAUAUUGAUGAUGGUAUAUUUUCAUUUGGUAAAACAAAUGUUGCUAAUGCAUAA